AUGGACCUCCUGAUUUUGCUCCUGGUGCUUCUGAUGCUGCCGGUGUUCCAGCCGGUCUCUGGAAAGCUGAGGAGGAAGUGCCGGAUGAAUUUGGAGCACCGGGAUGGAAAAAAUCCACCAAGCUAUUACAGGCCAGGAGACCAUCUUGUUAGCGUGGUCACCACGGCAACAUUGAGCUCAAAUAUAAUAUUGCCUUUCAACAUGGCUCCUUCUAGUCAGUCUAUCUCGUGGGCACCUUCGGGUAAGUUAUCUGCUGAUAAGUUUAGAAUUGUCCGAUUCAUUUUUGCCAUUCACGUGGCUAACAAGAAUCCACAGCUCCUGCACAAUCUCACACUUGGCUACAACAUCCAUGACAACUCGCUGAGCACCCGUGUCACUUCAGAUGCUUUGCUGGACAUGCUCUCUACCGGAGAAGCCAAUGUUCCCAACUACAGCUGUGGGAAGAAGGACAGUCUUUUGACUCUUCUCGAUGCAGCUAGAAGGGACAUCUCCAUCCAGAUGUCAACUUUAGUAGGCACCUACAAAGUCCCACAGAUCAGUUAUCUAACUGCUUCAGAGGCUCUGAGUGAUAAAACUCAAUUCCCUUUUUACCACCGGAUGCUCCCCAAUGGAGAGUUCCAGGACCCAGCAAUUGUCCAUCUGCUUCUCCAUUUCAGAUGGACCUUGAUUGGCCUCUUCGCUUCAGACACAGAGAAGGGAGAGAAUUUCAUGAGGAUUUUGACUCCUAUGCUUGUCAGGAAUGGAAUUUGUGUGGUUAUAUCACAACGAUUCUCGAUGACUAGACCUCCAGCCCUCCUCAGAAAGGUUCUCUCUAAGUGGAGACAAGUCAACGUCUUUGUUCACUUCUUAGAAUACGUUUCCAUUUCAGACAGAAUCCUUCCUUUCCAUGAAACACUUCAAGGUUUUCCAGGACCCAUUGAAGGGAAAGUCUGGAUCACCACAAAUUUGGGAACAUAUUCGUUGAGAAAAGACAGACGUUUCAAACAUGUCCAUAGUAUUUGGUCCUUUAGUUUUCAGAGGAAACAAUGGCCAAAAGAUGAUGGGUUUGAGCCCUACUUGUUUGUAGAUGUCCAGUAUGAAGAUCAGUAUUUUCGCUGUUCUUUUUCAAACCGUGUCUCUUCUGCCAAUGGUCGGAGAAGAUGCACCCAGAAAGCAUCAAUGGAGACCCAACAGGGAAGGAACACUUUACGGAUCUCAAAUAACAAACAUGUUUAUAGUAUUGUUAAGAGUCUGGUGCAUGUCUUGAAUGCUGCAUAUUCCUCCAGAUACAGGAGGAGAAGGAAGGAGGGCAAAGAGAGUUUGGGAACUCCAAGGCUGCAACCAUGGCAGGUACGGGACCCUGCCAAGUAUCUAUUAUCCAUUAAUUAGAUUAGAUUAGAUUAACAGAGUUGGAAGGGACCUUGUAGAUCAUCUAGUCCAACCCCCAGCCCAAGCAGGAGACCUUACACCAUCCCCAACAAACAGCAGUCCAAUCUCCCCUUGAAAGCCUCCAAUGAUGAAACUCCCACAACUUUCGAAGGAAACUUCUGUUCCAUGGAUUGAUUGUUCUCAAUCAAAACUGAUGGUGGAAGAUUUGGAAUUUCAGACUUGCAAGAUUCUGUUUUCAAUAAUGCAGAAUUAGCUCGCCAGGAUGUGUUUCCUCUGUUGACUAGCAGAGAGAAGAUUAAAUUGGGAAUUUUCUUCUUGACAAAUCCCUGCUUUCUUGUAAUCACCCUGUUGUUUUCAGGGAAUGUAUACAUAAUCUCUUUGUUUGUUAAUUUAUUUGUGAGCUGCUCAAGAAUGUUCCAUAUAAUUGACAAACUUUAUUUAUUUUCUCAAUCUAUAUUUUCUCAAUAUGUAGUUGACAAAUGUUGCUGAACCUUUUUUUAAAAACUUUUGAAGAUAGUGGUAACACUUUUUUCUCCCAGCCAAGCAUAUUUGCAAUUUAGACAACUGAAUACACCAAUUACACAGCUUAAUAGAGUUGGAAGGGUCCUUGUAGGUCAUCUAGUCCAACUCCCCCGACACAUGGAGAAGACCCUACACAAUUUCUGACAAAUGACAGUCCAGUCUCUUCUUGAGAGCCUUGAUCAGUUUCCAUCCAUUAUUCCUUGUCUGGCCUUCAGGGGCUUUGGAGAAUAGCUUGACCCCCUUCCUCCUCUCUGUGGCAGCCCCUCAGAUAUUGGAAGACGGCUCUCCUGUCU